AUGGAAGGUAGACAGUGGAGAGACAUCAUUGUUAAUCAAUUACAGUCAAGAAACAAAAGAGAAACAACUGCAUUUCACGAUAUAAUUACAUUUCAAAGCAGACUGUUUGAUAAUGUGAAUACAUUAAAAAAUGAAAACCUCCAAUUAACUUUACUUAAUGAGAGGAUUCGGUACACUAGUUCUGAAAGUGCACAUUCUACUGCAGGUGCAGCAGGAAAUGAAAGAAUACAGGCUUUAGAACAAAAAAUUUUAGCUCAACAAGAAGAGUUGACAUCCUUGCAUAGGCGCCGUGGAGAAAGUGCACAACAAAUUAUAAAUUUAAAUGCAAGAGUGCAUGACCUAGAAAAAAACCUACAGGCUAAAGAUAUUAUAAUUUCAGAAAACACUGCAUUAAUAGCUUCACUCAGAGCUGAAAUCCAAAUGUAUGAAAAUAAUAUGACUGAGUUACAAGGACUUAAUCAAGUAUUAAGAGAUGAACAUCAAGCAUUACAAAUUGCUUUUGCAGCUAUAGAAGACAAAUUAAGAAAAGCUCAGGAUGAAAAUCGAACCUUGGUAGAGAGACUCAUUAAAUACAAAGCUAAAGACGCAGAUAAAAUGAACGAAGAAAAUGAACAUUUUCUUAAGUCAAGCAACCCUACCGCGUUUUUCAUCAACACCUUUGGUAGAGUUAGUUUCGGGAAGAAAAGCGAUAAGGUUCGUAAAGAGUUGGAAGAGGCAGCUAGAGAAGGAGGUGGUAGAAGUAGCGGUGGUUCAGGUGGUAGUUCUGAAGAUAAAAUAGCUGAAUCUAUGCCUUAUUAUGCGGCAACACUGCCGACUAAGGUUGCACUAAGAUUCGAUGCGCAUGACGGUGAAGUUAAUGCUGUUAAAUGGAGUCCAACAGAUCGAAUAGUAGCUACGGGUGGAGCUGAUAGAAAAGUGAAGCUUUGGGACGUGUCGAAAAUUGGCACAGUCGAAAGCAGAGGCACUCUAGUUGGUUCAAACGCGGGUGUAAUGUCUGUGGAUUUCGACUCAACUGGCACAUACAUUGUAGGAGCAUCUAACGACUUCGCGAGCCGGGUGUGGACCGUUGCUGAUCAGCGGUUAAGGGUGAGUCGGAAAUGUGAUCAGUAA